GUAACAUGGGACAUUGUUGUACCUCUGAUGUGUUUCCUGUUGUUUAAAUCUGGAAAAGCCCAGAUAGUCUGUCUCUAACCUGACAAGUGAAAGGGUUUGUGUGUUUUUUCCUGCCAUCCUUUUGUAGUAAAUCUGUUGGCUGCAGCAGUGACAGGCUGACAGCUAACAGCUAACAGAAGAUGCCAGUGAUUUCCUCCUGCUCUGAGCUUUGAUGAGCAAGCUCCUCUUUGGCUCAGUGUUUUAAGUAAUUAUCUGAUUAUUUCUGCUGAGCUCUGCCAGUGGCUGUGCUGCGUUUCCACACUUUAUUGAGAUGAGUCGGAUUCAGGCGUGCAAGCUUAGCAGAUUGUGCUCCAGCUCUGCAGGACGAGGUCCCAGAGGAUUCAACGACAAGGUUCAUUUCUGAAGUUGUGGUCAUCUGAUUGCUGCUUCAUGAAGAGAAGAGAUGCUGACGAUGCUGCUUCUGGGGUGGACUACAUUACUUUCUGGCCUCCCACAUGCAGCUUCCUCUUUAACAUCCCGAUUUCCAGUGAGUAGAGGCAGCAGGGGGCCGGCUCGGAAAUGUGAAGUCUUCAUCCUGCCUCCUCUGCCUCCUCCGAUGUUUCCUCCAAUCAAACACAAAGCAGAGCUGAUGGUCGACAUGACAGAACACAUCACAGGACCCACAGGGGAAAAGGGCUGCAGAGGGCUGCGAGGAGCAAAGGGGAAACCUGGUGUGACAGGUCCAAAAGGAGAGCCAGGACCACAAGGUCCUCUGGGAAAACCAGGUCAGAAGGGGGAGGAAGGUGAGAGAGGCUGGAGGGGUCUGUAUGGAGACAUCGGAACUCCUGGGAUGAUAAAGGGCAGUAAAGGUCAUCCAGGACUCGGGGGCGACAAGGGUCUCAAAGGACACAGAGGCCCCUCAGGAGAGAAGGGCGAGCGUGGCAUCCCUGGGACGGCCGGAGAACAGGGACACCUGGGCCAGAAGGGAGACAGAGGUCUGAUGGGGGAGCAGGGAACAAGAGGAGAGCCAGGAACCAGAGGAAAGAUGGGCUUAAAAGGUUCUAUGGGACCGGCUGGGGAACAGGGAGACCCCGGUGCAGCAGGACUGCCUGGUCUACAUGGAGAGCCUGGUCUACCUGGACAAGUGUACAUCCUGCCUGGCCUGCAGGGAGACUCCGGCAGCAGAGGACCCCCGGCCCCCUGCAGCUGCCCACAGGGUCAAAGUUCACAGAGACCAUCGGACAACGUCCUGACGGUGUUUGUCGCAGACGGAGAGAAAGAGAUGAGGCGGCUGCGGGCGGAGAACGUGAUGGUGCUGCGGACGGACAGAAGAUCUCUCUACAUCUACACAGAUUCCCAGUGGAUGAACGUCCUGGAGGGCCGCAGACUACACCCUGACAUCUAACUGGGUGAUCCUUCCAAGCUGCCUGAUGGAUCAUCAGAUCGAUUCCUUCUCCCUCUCAUGCAACAUUUUACUGGUUUCAAAGAGUCACUGAGUCCAGAUUAAGAAUCUCUGCAUGUCUGGUAUUUUUUCAUUUAUGAGGAUUUUUUUUUUAAACAAUUGUUUUUCAAAUUUAGAUUUCCCUCGUGCAAACACUUGUCCAUCAUAAAUGGAAAACUGUGUUGUAAGCAGCUAAAGACCUUAAAACAAAAACGCCAAUAAAGCUCUCAUCACUUUUGCAACGUCA